AUGGCUGAAGAAAAGGACAUACAGCCCUCCGGUGCUCCUCCAGUGGACCAUGAUGCCGACCAUGAGUUUGAACACAAACGCGCUGCCGACAGGAUUGUCAACGAUGCGCGACUUGCAUCCGACAAGGAACGGAAGAUGACCCUGAUGCAGGGUAUCAAACUCUAUCCAAAGGCGAUUGGGUGGUCUGUCUUGAUUAGCACAUGUAUCGUCAUGGAAGGCUACGAUGUCUGUCUGCUCAACAACUUCUUCGGCUUUCCUCAAUUCAAGCGGAAAUACGGCGAACAGCUUCCGGACGGAUCGUGGGAAAUUCCGGCACCAUGGCAGGCAGGACUAUCAAACGGAGUCAUUGUGGGCGAAAUCAUCGGUUUGUUCUUGAACGGUUGGAUUAGCGAGUCUAUUGGGUAUAGAUACACUGUGAUGGGGUGUCUAACCUUGAUCAUUGGAUUUACGACAAUCUUCUUCACGGCGCAGACGGUUGUACACUUGCUGGUAGCAGAGAUUCUGUGUGGUAUUCCAUGGGGUGUCUUUCAGACGCUUACCAUCACAUACGCUUGCGAGGUUUGCCCUGUUGCUCUACGUGGAUACUUGACGACGUACGUCAACUUUUGCUGGGGUCUUGGUCAGGUCAUCGGAAUCGGUGUCAUCCGAUCCAUGGUCAACCGAGAUGACGAAUGGUCCUACCGUAUCCCUUAUGCUCUCCAAUGGAUGUGGCCCGUACCUCUCAUCAUUGGUGUCGCUCUAGCCCCCGAAUCGCCAUGGUGGCUUGUCCGCAAAGGCCGACUGGAAGAGGCGAAGAAAUCGCUUCUCCGGCUCACUAGUCUGGACCGCGAGACUGAUUUCGAUGCUGAUGAGACGAUUGCGAUGAUGGUGCACACGACUGCGCUUGAAGAGCAGAUCACCCAAGGAGCAAGCUACUGGGAUUGUUUCAAGGGUACCGAUCUACGUCGAACAGAGAUUGUUUGCAUGGCAUGGGCGAUGCAGAACUUGAGUGGCAACGCUUUCUCUGGAUACUCAUCCUACUUCCUUCAACAGGCCGGUCUACCAGCAUCAACAUCCUACGAUUUCGCCAUGGGACAGUACGGCAUCAACAUGGCCGGCGUAUUCGGCGCAUGGUAUCUGAUGAAGCUUGGAAUUGGACGACGAACACUAUACCUUGCCGGUCUCUGCGGUCUCUGCGCCAUGCUAUUCGUCAUGGGCUUCCUCGGCCUGGUACCAGAUUCUCAACGCGAGAAGGGCGCCAUGGCAACGGGAUCUAUGAUGAUUGUCUGGGCCAUGUUUUACCAGCUCACAGUCGGUACCGUAUGCUACUCGCUCGUCGCUGAACUCUCAACCCGUCGUCUCGCUAUCAAGACCGUGGUUCUCGGUCGCAACCUCUACAACGUAAUCGGUAUCAUCACCGGCGUCCUAACGCCCUACAUGCUCAACCCUGGAGCCUGGAACUGGGGUAACUACGCCGGUUUCUUCUGGGGUGGUUCCUGCUUCCUUAGUAUCGUAUACACAUACUUCCGAUUGCCUGAACCGCGUGGCCGCAGCUUCGCCGAGCUGGACCUGCUGUUUGAGAAGAAUAUUAGCGCACGCAAGUUUGCAAGCACGCACGUGGAUGUGUUUGCGGAUACGCAUGUUGAGGGCACCGCUGUGUUUGACAGGUAUGAAGAGAAGGUUGAUGCUGCUGUGAGAACUGAGUCUAUUGCUGCCGCAUAA